AUGGCAGCAGGUGUCUCGGUCGCCGUGAUUGCAGGAACUUCAUCCAUCGUCAUGGCCAAGCCGAUCUACAAUGACGAGGCGAGCUCGAGCGGUGCAUCCAAGGUAAGCUUCCCCAGCGCUGAUCUUUGCGUAGAAGACAACAUCUUUCAUGCUGCUAUGCAGCUCACUCGACAGUCAACUUACACCUCUCCUUCCUAUCCCUCCCUGACUUGCUCACUCACCCUACAGCUUCCGAUCUACCCUCAACCGGACCCCAAGGUGGAAAUCGUACCCGUGCAAACCGAGCUCGAACGACAAGUCGGAUCCGCGCGCCGUACGCUCUCGCACCUCACCACCGACACGCGCCACUCGGUCCGCUCGCUCGUCGAUCGCUGGAUCAACAUCGAACGAUCCAUCGAAGGCGAAGUCAAAUCCCUCGUACCCCCCACCGAACCCCUCACCCCCGGCCUCCUCUACGUCGGUGUCGCCACUCUGGCCGGAUCCAUCUUCACCCGCUACCGCGCUUUCCCCAUUCGACUCCUCACUCCACCCCUAGCCCUUGUGGUCAGCUUGAACUACUUCAACCCAAACCUCGCCUCCAACCUCGGAGACUACUACACCCAGGUCGAACAGAAAUACGUCCCCGCCCUUACGGAACAGAGGAGAAGUUGGCAGAACCAGGGCAAGAAGGUUUUGGACUCUACGACAAAGAACAUCCACGAGCUGAAGGAUAAGACCGAGAAGGGCGUCAGGGAAGGGUUGAACACGGUCGAACAGCAGACCGGCUUGAAGGUCGGAGAUGUCGUGGCCAAGAAGGAGGAGGCGAAGAUCGCGAUCAAGGACCAGAUGAAGGCUGUGUAA